AUGAAUCAAACUAUAGAUGAAAUUAACAAAGGUUACUUGAAAGAACUUGAUUACAAUGCAAUUCAAGUUUUAGAAAAUAUUUCAGAUAGCUCAAGUGAGGUAAAACAUGCUCUUAUAAAGACCAAUAAUCAUGUCGUCCUUAAAUUUUUAAAAAAAUAUCAAAAUGAACAUGAAUAUUAUAACAAAUUUGAUAGAGAAAGAGCUAAUCUAAGAAAAAUUUUCCAAAACGAUAACGUGAUCAGUUUUUAUGGCGUAACUAAAGAGCCUUCCAAGAAAUUUCACUCAAUGGUGCUUCAGUAUUGCGGUAAUAAAAACCUUAGGGAACAUUUAAGGGAAGAGUAUGUCGCAAAGAGUAACUGGUCAUAUAAAAAGCGAAUUGCCAUAGAAAUUGCUACAGGCUUGGAAUAUAUUCAUCAAGCGAAUAUUGUACAUUGUGACUUGGUUAACAUAAAAAAAUUAAAAACUUUUCUUGCUCUUGAAAAUAGAGAAGAACCUAUUAAUUUGACUCCUGUAGAUUACAAAGAACUUUAUUGUGAUUCAUGGAAUUCUAAUCCUGAAAAACGACCAUUAAUUAACGAAGUUAUUGAUCGUCUCAAUGAUAUUGAGCUUGAUUGUGUAUAUCAAGAUUUUAAUUAUAUCCCAGAAAUUUCUUCGGGGAGCUCUUUUAGAGACAGAAUUCGGUUUACGUCAAACAAUGCAGCUUGCUUAGAAGUUACUAAAGGGUCGGUUCUAAAUUUAUACAUUUUUCUUCCUCCAGGCGAAAUAUCUAUAGGAAGGAGUAAUUCGAACGAUGUUAUCAUAAAAGACCAAGAAAUUGCUAAAAAACAUGCAAGAAUCAUUGUAAAUUAUCAAGGACAAGUCGAAAUUAAUGAAUUAGGUUCCGAUUAUGGUAUUUUUGUUAACGAUAAAAAACUUGAAUUUCGAGCCUCACGUCUUUUAAUAAAAGAUGAUGUGAUUUCAAUGGGGCGUAGCAAAUUUCAAUACCUUCCCAUUGGAGAAUAUAAAAGCCGCAUAGAUGAACCUUUAUCGAUCUAUAAUAAGGCUUAUUUUUUGAAAAAAUUGGAAAAUGAAUUCAAGAAUGCAAAGGAAAAUAAAUGUGAUUUGAGCUUACUGUUUUUAGAUUUAGAUAAUUUUAAAAGCAUCAAUGAUCAAAAUGAUCAUAUAGUUGGAGAUUACGUUUUAAAAGAGUUGGCUAAUUUGAUUCGAAAUAAUCAUGUCCGUUCUGAGGAUAUUUUUGCAAGAUAUGGUGGAGACGAGUUUACUAUUCUUCUCAAGGGCACUAAUAUAAAUUCAGCCUUUAAAAUUGCCGAAAACAUUCGAGGAUCUGUUGAAGCACAUUCGUUUACUUAUAACAAAAUCAAGUUAUCGAUUACACUUAGUAUUGGAGUUUCCGAAAUGAAUUCGUCAACAGAAUCUUGUGACGAUUUACUUCUCCAUGCUGACAAUGCAUCAAAGAAGGCUAAAGAAUACGGUCGCAAUCGAAUAGAAGUAUGGAAUAAUGAGUCUAAUUCAAUCUCCAGAAGUGAAACCCAUCUAAUAGAUUCACCCAAUAAAUCCGUUGAAGGUGAAAGCUACUAUAUAGAAUCGCAUUCUUCCCUUUCCUCAACAAUUGAUACUUCUUUUUUUUCAACAAUGAAUUCUUCCUCCCAAAUAAUGGACGACGAAAUUGGCAUCACAAUAAUUAAAUCAAAUUCAGAAAAUAAAAGGACAGAAUGUUAUAUGUUUUUGCCUAGAAAGGAAACUCUCAAUUUUAUUCGAACUAAACUUGAAGAAUAUGAUGAAUUUUAUAUGGGAACUAAUUGUCGUUUUAUAAUAAAUAAUGAAAAUGGGGUCCCAGUCUUACGAAAAGAUGAGUCUAAAUUCAAAGUUUUGCAAAUCAUCGGAACACAUGAUAAUGGUGCCAAUUUUUUAUAUAUUAAAGAAAAAGCAGAAUUCGAUAGGUUACUGUUAAAAAACGAGAAAGGUUUCAAAUUUUGUAAAGAAGGUUCUAUUGAAAAGGCUAGAGACAACGCUUUUAAAAUUGACAUCAAUAAAAUUGAAUUUUCGGAUCCAAGAUAUGAUGAUUGUGAAAACCAAUCAUACAUGUGCAAUCAUGCACCCGAUGCUAAUUGUAAACGCAGCCUUAUAAUUGAUGGAAAAUUUUCGGACGCUUUAGAAUGGUUUUAUAAUUCGCUUAAAUUACCUCGAGCAAACACUAAACCACCUACCAUACAUUUACAUGAAUGGCGACCAAAAAAAGAAAUCACAAUUUUGGGCAUUAGUGCAACGGAUGAAUUUAUUAAAGAUGUUGAAGCUGCAUUAAAAAAUAAUGAAAAGAAUAGCGAAGAAGGCAUAAUAAAGCAACUCCGUAAUGUAUCGGAAAAAUAUGGACAUUUUUAUGCGCAUCGCCUUGUAUUAGGAGGUGCUAUAGUUAAAAACAAAUCAGUAAGUGAUGAUGUAGUUAUUUCUACCUCAGUUAUCAGCGGGAACAAAGAUAAAUACUUCAAAGAAAAUAUAAAAUCUUGGGACGAAUCUCUUGGAAAUGCAUCUACUUGGAAAAUAAUUGGUUAUGACAAAAUUUAUUCAUUGUUUGAAUUGUUGAAUGGAGAUUUACAAAAAGAAGUUUUGAAUGCUUUGGGUCACCGAAUUUUAAAAGCCGGUACUAAAGAUAUCAAUUUUGAAUUGAGAAAUUAUACGAAUUCAAUAUCACCAUACAUCUAUAAUUUAUCUUCGCACAUAAAGGAAAUUGGAAAUAUACAUAAUUACCAAAUUUUCGCGUCAAUAAUGAGCAAAAGUAAUAAAAAUUUGUUUUCUGCUCAUGUAGACUAUUUAAACAAAGAUAGAAAUACACCAGUAAUUAUUGUUCACAAUAUUAAAUGGGAGAAUUCCGGUUCUGCAACUUGUUUAAUUAAGCUCGGAUGGAUUAUUGUUGGACCGCUAACAAACUUCGAUUUUAACAUCCAAUUUCCGUUGGCAUUUAGAUGUAUGAAACAAAUGGCAUCCAUGAAAAAGGAUCUUUGUACCAUAAAAAUUAAUAAUUACAAACCUUGUAUUUUUGGCAUUUGCGCAUUAGAAGCUGAUUCUCAAUCAAGUUCUAGAAGUGAUAAUGAUUCCACGAGAAAUGAAAAUCCUCAAUUAAGUUCUACAAGCAUUGUGGAUUCAACAGAAUACAUUCCAUAUGACUUAAACUAUGAUCCGAAGACAGUAGAAAUUGUCGCUGGUACACAUUUUUCAACUUAUAAGGAAUCCGCGUGUUUGUUUGUUUAUAAUCUUAAAGAUAUAAACAAACCUGUUGAUCAAACAGUAUUGCAAAACUUAGCACUAUACACUUGUGUUAUUGACGUUGAUGAUUAUGAAGAUUUCGAUUUUGGUCAAGAGAAUGUUAAAUGGCAAAGUUCUAAGCGGGAAAAAAUAUCUUACGCAAAUAUUGGAACAAAAAAGUUAUCUGAUAAUGAUUUGUUAUUAGUAAGCCAACUUUUUAAUAAUUGUCCAGCUUGUAAGCACUAUGGGUUUGUCAAUGUCAAUCACAAUACUAGCCAAGUUAUUUACAAAUCAUUAAGUUCGGAACUCUUGGAUUCUGUUGAAGAUAUCGCAUAUCUUUUAAUCUCUCCAGUGAACAAACCCAAAAAUUAG